GUUUUGAUUUUGACAUUAGGUUUCAUACUGCAGUUUUGUUUAUUAAAAGUACUGAAACAUCUAAUUUCCUUGAAUCGUUAAUCAAAAUACAUGGUUUAUUACACUCAUAUUGCUUUAGUAAUGUUAAACCAUACAAUCAAAAAGUAAAUUCAGUUAUAUUGCGUGUGUAAUUGGUGUUGAGUAUGUAGAUGUAAGAGCGUAUGUGAUAAGCUUAUCAUUAUUAAACGUUGCCGGCUCGAGAGUUGUGGACGUGUUUUUUAUUACGUUCCCCUUUUAGAUUAAAAAAUAUACACACAAAAUGUCCGGUGAAGGGUCUAGCACUAACGGUAACAAGAAGGUUGCUUUAAUUACUGGAAUAACUGGACAAGAUGGUUCCUAUUUAGCAGAAUUUUUAAUUAAAAAAGGCUAUGAAGUACAUGGUAUUCUUCGCCGAUCCUCUUCAUUUAACACGGGUAGAAUCCAACACUUGUAUGGACAGCCGGCUUGUCACACAGGUGGACAGAUGCACCUACACUAUGGAGACCUCACAGACACUACCUGCCUCAUUAGUAUUAUAAAUAAGAUUAGACCUAAAGAAAUAUACAAUUUAGGAGCUCAGUCACACGUGAAAGUAUCAUUCGAACUGAGUGAAUAUACGGCACAAGUAGAUGCUUUAGGCACCUUACGUCUUCUGGAAGCAGUCAGAACUGCAGGAUUAGAGAAGGAAACGAGGAUAUACCAGGCUUCCACGUCAGAGUUAUACGGAAAAGUCGUCGAAGUGCCACAGACUGAAAAAACACCCUUUUAUCCAAGAUCGCCUUAUGCAUGUGCAAAAUUAUACGGUUACUGGAUAGUUAUUAAUUACCGAGAGGCAUACGGUAUGUUCGCUUGUAACGGUCUCCUCUUCAAUCACGAGAGUCCUCGGCGCGGGGAGAACUUUGUGACGAGGAAAAUUACCAGGGGCGUUGCCAAGAUACAACUCGGUUUGAUGAAGCACCUAGAACUCGGUAACUUGGACUGCAAGCGGGAUUGGGGACAUGCCAAGGAUUAUGUUGAGGCCAUGUGGCUGAUGCUCCAACAAGAGGAACCAGAAGACUUUGUAGUCGCGACAGGAGAAGCGCACAGCGUGAGGGAGUUCGUAGAGAAGGCAUUCUCAUACGUCGGGAGGAGAGUAACCUGGAGAGGAGAAGGUGAAAAUGAAACUGGUCAUGAUGCGGACACGGACGAGUUACUGGUGAAGGUCAACGCGAAGUACUUCCGUCCUACUGAAGUGGACCUUUUGCUGGGUGAUCCUUCAAAAGCCAAACAGAAGUUGGGAUGGAAACCUCGCGUGACAUUCGAGCAGCUCGUCAAGGAUAUGGUGGAAGCUGACCUACAGCUCAUGAAGAAAAAUCCAGAAGCGUAGACAGAUAGACUUGAAAAUGCAUUAUAUAUAUAGCUGACUCUAAACUAAAACUAGUAUAAGUUUAAGUUACACAUUGCCUUUAUUUUAUUGAAUUCAUAAUAUAUGUGCGUAUACAUGGUUGUAAAAAGGAUUGAAAAAAAUAUA